GCGAUCGGCCGGCCGGCGUCACAUUCGUGAGCGAUUUCGCGUGGGUUAGGUGACCUUUCGGCUCGUAUUGCACAACAAAGAAGAAUAGUAACGCUUUCGAAAUACUUUCGAAGUCGUACGUUCGUAAAUAUCGACAACGAUACGAUCGAGCAGUUCGCCUAUUCGCGGGUCGACUCCUCUAAACGCAAAGUAUAAAACAAAAGGGGCAAGAAAACGAGUUUUAAGGUCGAGCUGUCAACAGUCGCUCGAUCCCGUUUCGAGUUCAAAUCGAUCGUCGGUGCGUUCGAUCGCGGAGCACGCGGUAACAAUUUCUCGCGAUUCGAGAAAACCGCGCCACGGUAACGAGUUCGGUUUAAUCGAGGACCAGAAGCAGACAAGACGACACGGUGCAAACUUUACUCGGAUCUCAAUUUCGCGGACCUCAAUUUCAAAUGGAGGACCAGUGGGACUACUCUAUCCAAAAUGGACCCAGCACAUGGGUGACAAAGUUCCCAAUGGCGGCAGGUUCCAGGCAGAGUCCGGUGAACAUCGAAACGAAACGUGUAGAAUCCGACUACGAGGCUCUAAGUAGCAAACCCCUUCGAUGGCAAUAUCCGGCCACCGCUUCCCGGAAGCUCGUUAAUCCGGGUUAUUGCUGGCGCAUAGACACCGAUUGCGAGGGCACGCUUCUAAGCGGUGGUCCACUGAUGGAUGAUAUCUACAAACUCGAACAGUAUCAUUGUCACUGGGGAUGCAGCGACUCUAGAGGAUCCGAGCACACCGUGGAUGGACAGGCGUUCGCUGGAGAGUUGCAUCUGGUGCAUUGGAACACCAGCAAGUACAACACCUUCGCUGAGGCUGCGAAAGCGCCCGACGGCCUCGCUGUUCUCGGUGUAUUUUUGAAGGUGGGCAAGACACAUCCAGAAAUGGACAAGAUAGCGCGGAUGUUGCCAUACGUGUCGCAUAAGGACGAAGUCGUAGAAAUUGCCGAACCUAUCAAUCCUGGCAAACUCCUACCUGAUGAUAAUGGCUACUGGACGUACUUGGGCUCUCUGACAACGCCACCCUGCAACGAGAGCGUCACUUGGAUCCUUUUCAAGAAGUACAUCGAGGUAUCCCACCAUCAGCUGAAUAUAUUCCGCAAUUUGCGGAAGUUCACGCGCGGAGAAGAGUGUCCCUGCAAUGAAAACCAUGGAGCGGUAAUCAACAACUUCCGUCCGCCGUUGCCGCUCGGAAAUCGCGUGCUGCGGGAGUGCGGCAGCUUCUGAGGCUGUUUCGUUCUGACGCGCGUCGGAACCAGUCGAUGUCAGACGAAAAACGACCGGAAGGAAGAAGCCACCCGCAAAACUGCUCCUCGCAGCUUAUGAGAGCCACGACGAUUCCCCGUAGUCUUUUGUCGAUCGAGCGUGCCGACGUUCAAGCCUCCCCCUCCUUUUCCCCCCGUUCUGUACCAUGGAACUUUCCGCGAGAAAACAAAAAAUGCCUUUUCAAAAGACACUUCUGACCAGACUUGGUACGCUUGAAACGAUGUUCGAAAAAGAAUAAUCGCGUGGACUCUCGGCAUAAUGGGACGGAGAUCCUCGUGUGCGUCAGACUGGAAGUACCUGUUCCACAAAUUUAGCUAUCCGAAUGGAGAGAUUUCUGGUCCGCGACGAUCCAGGGUCUUUGGACGUCAACGAUCGCGAAUCUGGGAUCGGUGGAAGGUGAUCGAGGAGGAUGAAAGCAGUACCUAGUACCUGUAAGCUGUGGCUAUUGGUGUCCCAAUAUUGAAUACCAAAGGAAUUCUUUUUUUUAUUUCGAUCCGUUUGGUUGAAAAGUAAACGAGAUUUUAGUAAGAGACAUCCGUUGAACAUUAUCGAGAGAAUCGGUCCAUUCGAUGGACGAAGAAUUAUUAGAGGAGGACGAAGCCGGAGAUACUGUGGAAGAGCGAUUGGAAAGUGUUUCGAAAGCAUCAUGACACAGGACGUUCGAUGGGUAUAGUGUAAUAAAAAUACACGCGUCUUUCGGGUCGUUGGACCCCGCAGGGUAAUAGAUUUUCGUCGUUGUUUCUUAAUCAGGAAGGUAACAACGACCUUCCACCAGCGUGAGCAUUUCACUUCGAUUCCAAGUGCAAUUAUACGUAGCUGAACCGAGAGAGUUGUUUCAUCGCUUGACCGUAAAACGUAGAGACUAGAUUAGUUUGGAGACCUCUGCGACUGCUUUGUUCGAGAAAUCAAAAUGAAAGAAACGUGCCUAUACGUAUACAUAUACACACUUCGCCAUUUACACAAGCCGUACACUUGUGUACGCAUGUGUACGUCUAGAUAAAAUAUCGAAUUUCGUAUAAAACGCAAUAUCGUAGCAGGAAAAUUAGUAAAAUUAAAACGAAAAUAGUUUUUAAAGUCUUCGCGAGUAAACGGAGACUUGUUCUAUAUUAACGGAUCCGUCCACCAUUGGCAGAUCCUCCGUGGAUCUAACGCGCCUUUCUAUGGGGAACACUGUUCAUUACUGUUUAUCGAAUAACCUACGAUAUGUUCCAUGUAUAAAUAUAUAUUAUAUACAUAUGUGUAUAGACGUGCGUUCAGAUGCGCUGUCCAAAAUGGAUGCUCGCGGUAUAUUUCGUUCGUGAAAUUUUUCGAGGCUGUCGAACGGCAAACCUUUGACUCCGGAUUCGUAGAACGAAUUGAAAACGACUUGGUUUAUUCUUUCGAAUAAAAUAAAAUCGAACGGCCAUCUGUCGUCUGCUUAACAUUGAUUGACUCGCAAAAAUGACGAAACAUAUCGUUUCGUCCUAUCAAAUUGAGAGUCAAUAUCAAAGCAAUCAAGUUUGUUUCCAGAUCGGUACACUCGAAUCUUUCUUUUUUCUAAAAAGAUAGAAAAGGAAUGCAGUUUUAAUGUACGUAUACGAGCCUUAACAACACACCAUUCUACCUACCAAUUCAUUCUAAAUUAGUAUAUAAAACAAAUUACUGGUUCGACGUGCCUCGGUCAAAGCGUCAUUGACAGGUCGUGCACGCCACUGUGCCUUUUAACCACUCGCGUGAUGCAACGAUUGUAUAUUAUUGUAAUAAUAACGCGUUCAUGUCCGGUGUCGUCUGGGAAUCCAACCAGGAAAAAAGCCUUGGACGCGAAUAAGGAGAUUGAAACCCCCCUUCGCGGUACUGCAAUUUCUUUUGCAAACGAUACUUUUGUCGCGACGAUUCCGUUUUAUUCCAUUUAAUCAGAACCGGAUGACGUGUCAGAAGGAAGUAAACAGCGGCAUAGCGUUACAAACACUUUGUGCUGCGAUCGGUGUACAAAAGAAGUCUGGACGAGCCUAUUUACGUGUCAUUUGAUUCGGUUCUGAUUGAAGUAUAUUCGCGUGACCGUCGUCUGAAACCUUCGUUGUACCAGAAUAACGAGUGUCAGCUUUUUAAUAUGCUAGUUUGACGCGUGCUGAAAGUUUUACCCCUGUCUUUUAAUUCUUCUGAAAUUGUAUAUUUUAUAGUUACUCGACUUUAACUUCAUUGCGCUGAGAAAAAGGGCUGUUAAUGUAUCCCGUUGCCCGUGUGACGGCGAUUGUCCGAGAUUUCUGUGUAUUUAUUGUUGGACACGUGAGAAGCAAUCUGUAUUUGUAUUUCGUAGCAUCGACUGUGAUAAGAAGAAAACAUAUAUGAUAAAAAAAAAGAUGAAAUAAAGGACCGUGAGACAUCACGGUGAUACGUUUAAA